GUUCCUGCCAGCGGGCGAACUACAUUAUUACACACAGAAUUCACCUCAUAUACACAAGGAGGGCAGCAGAUGAGCAAGAAAGACGUGCUGUUCACGAAGGGCGUCGACGUAUUUUGUAACGAGCUCAAAUCUGCCUUCAAGUUACUCAAAACGUCACGGAGUAACCUGCCUUAGUCAAAAUGACAUCUGUGAUAGGAACACCUUAUGCUAGGGCUCCAAGAAAUGUGCGAACCAAAAACCCACAAGUUAUGCUCAAAAACAAAGACAACAUUCAAGGAUCCAGUGGAAUUUUUCAAAACAUUGCAGAUGUUGUUUUAUUCAUGGAAAACUUCAAUGAACUAGUGCAAUCAAACUCUACUGAAAAAGACCUGCGCUCUGCUGUCCUAACACUGUGUGUCAAUCUCAAACAUUUUGGGGCACAAUUGGAAAUGAACUACAAAGAUCAACUUGACCGUGUCUUCAUCCAUUUGCGUAACGCUGGCAGAGAUGACAGCCUAGACAAAAUCUCUCGUCUGUAUCUGCUGGAAGUGGUUGAACUGAGAGCUAGUCGUUGGGCUGCCCAAGAACAAGUCAGCAACUAUUACCAAUCAAAACUUAAUGAAUUGCAGGCCACCGGCAUUACCGAGAUUUCAUCGAAUGCCGGCCAAACUACAGGACAAAACGAAUUAUCACCUCCAGUUAGCCCUUUGCCUCUUCUUUUGCCUGGUGAAGUGGUAAAAUCUUCUGGGAAAUAUACGGUCAACAACGUUGGCAGCGUUUCGCCGGCUAAACACGCAAUCAAAGAUGAAGUAGUCAUAAGGAACGCUGAUUCGGGAAAAGUGAUGGGUAUCAAGGGAAGGCGGGUGCACUUGAUCGAGGAGAUAAGCGACACGGUCAUUUCAUUUCAGCGAGUGAAUCCCGGCGCUUCGGAACGUCUUGUGCAGAUCACGGGAGCUGCUCCGGACAAUAUCGAGAAAGCAAGACAAUUGAUUGAGCAGACGAUUCAACGGAAUGCUAGUCCUGUCCCUCAGGAUCCCAUUGCUUCUCCGCAAUCGAAUUCAAAUAAUCAAGACUGUGCGACUAUCCGCGAUAGUCUUAAACAAUCAUUAAUGGACACUGCGCUCGAAGAUUAUCAGCAUUCUGUCGUUGUGGGAGAACACUGCAUAAAAAUCACAGGUCAAAGCCUAGAUUUGGUGCAGACAGCUAAAUUGGUUUUAGACGAAUAUUUUGCUGGUCUUGCAAAUAAGCGCCAACGCAAUUUUAGCGCCUGUAGCAGCAUGGAUGAUGGAGUGUUCUUUCCGUCACAGGAUAGUCCUAGAGAAUGUGCGCCAUCGGUUAAGAAAAUCUUGAAAUAUGAUCGUGAAAAAUUGUUACUCUGGUCAAAAUCGCCUCUUUGCCGUCAGCCGCCAGCUAAUUUUGAAUUGGUUUUUCAAAACGCCCCCGAUAUUGCCCGAAAGGUUUGAAAUGGGCGCUGAGCGCCCGGCAUGUUAUAUGGACUAUUAGAGAGUGCACAAAAUUUUAAUUUAGGAAGUUCCUACGUGUGGCCUUGCAAAAUUUUCACAAAUGUCGCCAGGUUUUUUCGUUUUUUUGGUGGAAGCCACUACCGUAUUAAUAUUAUUUCCCCUUUUCAUAGUCUUCGAUUCGAGUCUCAAAACUAUACCAAAACAGUUUAUUCCCGUCUUUUUCAGACACAUUAACUCAGCUACCUAAUUCAUCACAUCUGUUUAUCCUGAAAUUUAUCUAAAAAAUGUUAUGCAUUUCUUUAUUAUUUUUCAUGCUAACGACAAAUAAUAAUAAUACACUGAAUGCCAGCGUUGA